AUGAGCAAUGGAGGAGGAGGAGCAUCACAUCUGUUCAAAUCCGCCACUUUGAUCAAAUUUUUUGGGUUUUUAAUCACUUCUGCCAUUUUUUUCUAUUUGGGAAAGCAUUUUUCAGAUGGGUCUUUGCAGCAACUCGUUUUCUUCAAUUCUCAAUUCUCCAAAACUCCCACUUCUUCGGUUGCCCUCUCUCCGAACCUCAACAAGACUUUUGAUUUGUCUUUGAUCUUAAAUGGCCCGGUUUCUUCUCCUCUUGGUUCCGGGCAAAAUCAACAAGAGGAAGGCCAGAAAAUCUUGAAUUCGGUGUCUCCUCCGCCUCCAGCUUCGGCUCCGCCGCCACCACCGACUGUGCAGAGGAUGGGAGUGGUGGAUGAGAACGGGGUGAUGACGGAGGAUUUUGAAGUGGGGGAGUACGAUCCGGAGGUGGUGGAGAAUUGGGGGAAGGCAAACGAGACGGAAGGUUUAGAGAGUGAUGGUAAGGGGGAUAAGAUUAGGGUUAGGGUUAAGAAGUUUCCCAUGUGCCCGGAGAGUAUGAGGGAGUAUAUACCUUGUUUGGACAACGAGGAGGCGAUUAAGAAGUUGAUUUCCACAGAAAAGGGGGAGAAUUUCGAGCGGCAUUGUCCUCAAAAGGGGAAGGAAUUGAAUUGCUUGGUCCCUGCUCCCAAAGGAUACAGAACGCCUAUUCCAUGGCCGAAAAGUCGAGAUGAGGUUUGGUUCAGCAAUGUUCCUCACGCUCGUUUAGCCGAGGAUAAAGGGGGUCAGAAUUGGAUCACCAUUAACAGGGGGAAGUUCAAGUUUCCUGGAGGUGGCACACAGUUCAUACAUGGGGCAGAUCAGUACUUGGACCAGAUUGAAAAGAUGGUUCCUCAAAUUGCAUUUGGCCGACAUACCCGAGUUGCUUUGGAUGUUGGUUGUGGUGUUGCAAGCUUUGGUGCCUAUCUGUUGUCAAGAAAUGUUCUCACCUUGUCUGUAGCUCCAAAAGAUGUUCAUGAGAACCAAAUUCAAUUUGCGCUUGAACGUGGUGUGCCUGCAAUGGUGGCAGCUUUUGCAACAAGGCGAUUAUUGUAUCCAAGUCAAGCAUUUGACUUAAUACACUGUUCAAGAUGUAGAAUCAAUUGGACACGGGAUGAUGGAAUUUUGCUACUUGAGGUCAAUAGGAUGCUCCGUGCAGGAGGAUAUUUUGCUUGGGCUGCACAGCCUGUUUAUAAACAUGAAGCUGUUCUUGAAGAACAAUGGGCAGAGAUGGUUAACCUUACCAAUCGUCUCUGUUGGACACUAGUAAAGAAGGAGGGAUAUAUUGCGAUAUGGCAGAAGCCAUUAAAUAACAGCUGCUAUUUAAGCCGUGAGGAAGGAGCCCAGCCACCACUAUGUGAUCCAAAUGAUGAUCCCGACAAUGUUUGGCAUUUUGAUAUGAAGCCGUGUAUUUCACGGUUGCCUGAAGAAGGAUAUGGCUCAAAUGUUACAGCCUGGCCUGCACGUUUGCAGAACCCUCCAGAUAGACUCCAGAGCAUACAAUUUGAUGCUUACCUGUCAAGGAAAGAGCUAUUCAGGGCGGAAUCAAAAUAUUGGCAUGAAAUAAUUGGAAGCUAUGUUCGUGCUUUACACUGGAAAAAGUUCAAACUUAGAAACGUGUUGGAUAUGAGAGCUGGCUUUGGAGGAUUUGCGGCAGCACUAAUUGAAAACAAAUUAGAUUGCUGGGUGCUCAAUGUUGUCCCUGUUAGUGGGCCCAAUACUUUACCUGUCAUAUACGACCGUGGACUUAUUGGAGUUAUGCAUGAUUGGUGUGAACCAUUCGAUACAUACCCGCGAACCUAUGACUUGCUGCAUGCUGCUGGCCUCUUCUCCAUUGAACGGAAAAGAUGCAGUAUAUCUACUAUCAUGCUUGAAAUGGAUCGGAUCCUAAGACCUGGUGGACGUGUAUAUAUUCGAGAUUCUGUUGCAGUCAUGGAUGAGCUUCAAGAAAUUGGAAUGGCCAUGGGUUGGCACGUUUCCAUGCGAGAUACGUCUGAGGGCCCUCACGCCAGUUAUAGGAUCUUAACAUGUGAUAAACGUCUCAUACGUCGCUGA